AUCCACGUUUUCCCUCCGCCUUAACUGCUUCUCUCCUUCCUCCCUCCGUCUCCCACUCUCCAUCUCCUUCUUCCUCCGUCGCAUCACCCCAGUGGUUGCACGCACGGACAGAUCGACCAACAAACCUCCAGCCCACGCAGAAAUUAACCAAGGGCCGGACCGAUCCGCACCAUCCCGCCAUCCAACCGUGGGCGAGCGAGGCCGGCCAGUCGGUCGACCACCGGAGAAGCGCGGGAUUCUUGCCCCGUCUCCCGGCCGCCGGGUUUAGGCCGCAGACGUACGCCGGAGCGGCGGGUGUUCGCCAUGGAUGUGGAGGGCGCCACCGUGCAGCCGAGGAAGAAGAAUUCUUGGGGUUGGCAAAAAGGGACGCUUCUGCUGGCGUACCAGAGCUUCGGCGUCGUUUACGGCGACCUUUGCAUAUCACCCGUCUACGUGUACAAGAACACCUUCUCCGGGAAGUUGCGUCUCCACGAGGAGGAUGAAGAGAUCCUCGGCGUGCUAUCGUUGGUUUUCUGGAGCCUCACCCUCGUACCGCUCCUCAAGUACAUUAUCCUCGUCCUCGGCGCAGACGACAACGGAGAAGGUGGCACGUUCGCACUGUACUCCCUGAUGUGCAGGCGCUCCAGAAUGGGGCUCCUCAACAGCUUGCACGCCGGCCACGGCUCCGUGUCGUCCUACAACCAGGACGAGCCCUGCAAGGAGACGCGGAGCAGCCUGGCCAUCAGGGGGUUCUUCGAGAAGCACCACUCGCUGCGUGUCGUGCUGCUGCUGUUCGUCCUCAUGGGCACCAGCAUGGUCAUCGGCGACGGCGUCCUCACCCCGACCAUGUCAGUGCUGUCAGCAGUCUCCGGCCUCAGGAUCAAGUUCCCGGAGCUACAUGAAAACUACACGGUGCUGCUCGCGUGCGUCGUGCUGGUGGGGCUCUUCGCGCUGCAGCACUACGGUACGCGCCGCGUAGGGUUCCUCUUCGCGCCGAUCCUGCUCUCCUGGCUCGCCUGCAUCGGCGGGAUCGGGAUCUACAACAUUUUCAGGUGGAACCCGACCGUCGUCCGCGCGCUGUCCCCGUACUACAUCUACAACUUCUUCAGGAAGGCCGGCAGGGACGGGUGGAGCUCGCUUGGAGGGAUUGUGCUCUGCAUCACAGGUGCUGAAGCAAUGUUUGCAGACCUUGGGCAUUUUUCAAAGCUUUCACUGAGGCUUGGGUUCACGAUAGUGGUGUAUCCUUGCUUAGUUCUGGCGUACAUGGGGGAGGCCGCCUAUCUGUCCAAACAUAGGGAGGAUCUCCAGAGCAGCUUUUACAAAGCUCUUCCAGGUGAGGGGCCAAUUAAUGCUUCCACAGAUUUGAUGCAAGAAUCCAUUUCAUUUGCUAUCCGCAUUUUUUACCCCAAAAGACAUAUAUGUUGCCAUUAUCGUGGUGUACUCAUUUCUUUGUGGAUAAUACUCCCUCCAUCCCAUAAUAUAAGAGUGAGCGUCUAAUGUAAGAAACGCUCUUAUAUUAUGAACAGAGGCAGUAGGAAGGUAUGUCUCCUUUUUUUUUGCGAUGAACGAAGGUAUGCCUAUUUGCUUCUGCAUCGUAUGAUAAUCUGCUUGUUUACUAUGACAAAUGAAAUAUUUUGUUGGGUUAGCUUCGACGAACAUACCACCACCUGCUUGUGGUGGCUUGCUUCUUAUUCUUCCAGCGUAACCCUGUCGCCGGGGAGAAUGAGGUCAUACGUUGGCACGAGAUACUAGAUCUAGUGCGGCGACGUGGAAAUCAUUGCUCGGGGACAACACCUUCAUGAAGGGGGCAAUUCUCAUAUGUGAUAGUAAUGGGUCCAGUCAACGAGGGCUAAACCUUUGGGUUUCACCCAAAGUUGGAGCUCCACGGCUACUCCUUCUACAAGGGAUUAGCACACAUACGUUGCCAUUAGUAGAUCUAUCAACUGAAGGCAAUAUCAAGUGUUUUCACACCAAUGUGGUACUCGUGCAACCACACAAUACUCUCAUCGCUUCAUUCAAGCACAGAAGGCAAGACUAGUAUACACCAACUAUGGUGACAACCAUCUUCUACCUUACCGACCCCUAAUGUCUAGACUGGAAAAAAGACCGCUACGUGACGGUACAUCAUCAUCAGCUUUGAAGUAGGGCACCGCUCCUUAAUAACCCUAUUAUCUAGAUAGAAACCCCUACUACCCGACAUAGCAAGGACAUCAGAUUUGGAGUUGGGCACCGCCCUUUACCGACCCCUUUACCUAGAGAGAGACAAUCCCUACCUACCCGACACAACAACAAAGUCAACUUUUGAGCACGCCACCGCUCCUUACCGACCCCUAUUUUUUGAGAAACCCCCUACUACCGAACACACCAACUGUGCUAGCUUUCGACGAGGCACCGUUCAUUACCCUUAGCAUCGGACUCACUGGCCCUAACACCACACUACCAAAAUGUGUCACUAGUAAUAAUUGAUCGGCAUACUACAUAUAGAAUUUACCCCACAUAGGGUCACGAGCUUUGCUACACCUAUGUAAAGUUUCUUACGUAAGUUACGAAUGAGCUGACUUGGCCUGAUUUGGUUAGAAGAGAAAAAAGGCCCAGGCC